UACGUUUUUGUUGGUAUAUAGUUUUUGUUAACCGCAUAACUCAUUAACCCACGCGGGAGCACACAGACACGGAGAACUCGGUGGGGAUCCACGUUCAUGCAAAGACUAGGUUUUUAGGACUGUUUUGGUAGUUGUUUUUCUUUAAGGGUGUGCGUGUGUGUUAGCUCCAUGCUAGCUGCUUCCUGUGUUAUCCGGACGUGGCUAGAUGGAGAAGCUAGCUAUUUACUUGUUUGUUACGGUUGGUUUGAAUGAUUAAUGACGGCGCUUCGGGAUUGGUGGAGGCAGGGGUAUGGGCGGAGCUAAGACGGAUUUUUAGCGUAGCACGCACAUAAAUAUAAACAGGUCUAAGAGUCAGAAGUCCGAAGACAACAAGACCUCUGCAGGACACGGUGGAAGAUGAUCAGGAUGUCACUGGACAAAGAAACAGUACUCCCUCAUGAGGUGCCCAUUAAAGUCAGCCCUGCCUUCCCUGCCACCGUCAGCCUAUCAGAGCAACCACAGGUGGCUAAGACCCGUCCCCUCUGUGCUAAAAAUGGCCUCCAGCCACCCAGCAACAGCCAGACCCCCCUCAACUCCCCCCGUCCGCCAUCUCAGAGAAUAGGAAAGAGGCGUUACUCCAUGGGCAUUGGCUUCAAGGGGCUGGCCAAGCGUCGUCACCAUGCCAGCAGUGACUGCCAGUCAGAGCCCGUGCUGCCAAGUCAGUUUCUGUUGGGCGGGAACAUCUUCGACCCACUAAACCUGAACUCACUGCUGGAUGAGGAAGUCAACAGGGCAACCAAUCAGGAAACACCAAAGUGCUCACCCCUGCCAUCCCGGGGCAGAGACCCCGUAGAGAUCCUGGUACCCCGUGAUAUCACUGAUCCCCUGAACCUGAAAGGAGGGAGCAAGGAUGGGGAGGGGGGAGGUGGAGUCCUGUUGUCCCCCUUGAAGUCCAGGAGGAGACACAGGAACAGACACCAUGGAGGAGGAGGAGGAGAGAAGGAGAUGAUACCUGCUCGACUGUUUCCCUCCACAGCUGUAACACCUGGAUCUGUACUGACUCCUAGUGGACCUUUACCUCAGUUGACCAGAGAGGGCAGUGUCCCUCCAUCUCCUCUCCCCGGUGAACUCAACACAACCAUAACCUGUCGAGAAGAUGUAGCCCUGCCCAUCCUCCCCAGGAGACACACCCAUCCUCCACCAAGCUACACCAACAAGCCUGGUAUCCAGGGGGAUGGUCGUCAGCAGAAACGACGGCGAACCACCUCCACAAGGUCAGCAGAUGGCGCCACAGGCGCUGUCACUAUGGCAACCACAGCUCAGCCAACCAAGUUCCAGACGCCUCUGAUGGGAGGGUCUAAACCCAGCAGGUAUGGAGGACCUCCAAUUGGCUCUGCUCAGCCACCAGAGAAGAAGAAGAACAAACACCGUUAUCAGUAUGGCAACCACAGCAGCUACUAUGGCUAUAACGGUUUUUAUGGUGAAAGUUGGGAGGGGCGGGUGGGGUCAGAGGAGGAUCCGCGGCUCCGCCUGCUGGAAGCCAGUUGGUUCAGAGACAAGAAGGUGCUGGAUGUGGGGUGUGGUGUUGGCCACAUGACACUAUCCAUUGCCCGCUGGUUUGACCCCACCCACAUCCUGGGGGUGGAGCUAGAUGAACGAUUGGUGCAUGCUGCCAAGCAGAAUGUCAGACACUUCCUGUCACAAGACCUGGUGGUGGAGGAGAGAAGGAAGAACAGAAGAUUGAUAGCUGUUUCAUCUCCCCCAAAGAAACAUGGAGGAGGGGGAGGACAGAUCAAGGAGGGAGUGAUGGAGGGGGCAAUGGAGGAGGUGAUGGGGGAGUUCCAGCAGGCUCUCUCCCACCUCUCCUUUCCCCUGUCAUUCAGAGUGAGUCGGGGUCCCCUCUCUGCUCCUUCUCUCCUCCGGCCUCCCUCCUCCUCCUCCUCCAGGUUUCCCAACAAUGUCACCUUCAUCCAGGGAGACUAUGUGUCAGAGCAGGAGGUGUGGCCUGGGCAUGGUCAGUAUGAUGUCAUCGUGUGCCUGGGCGUAACCAAAUGGGUGCAGCUGCAGUCAGGUGAUGGGGGCGUGGUCAAACUGUUCAAACGAGUCUAUCAGAGCCUGUUGCCGGGCGGAUUGCUCAUCCUGGAGACACAACCAUGGAGCAGCUACAGCCACAACAAGAGGGCCUCGGCGACCACGUUUCGUAACUACCGGAGUGUGAGGCUGAGACCUGAGCAGUUCACCUCGUACCUGACUGACAGCGUGGGCUUCACCUCAUACAGACUCCUCAAACACAAAGGUAAGCAGCGGCCAAUCUACCUGUUCCACAAAGGCCCUGCCCAGAGGAAGUGAGGUCACCAAGACAGGAUGUGACCCGUUGCUUUCUCAGGCAUCCUGUCCUCCUCCCGUUUCCAUGGUAACAGCUUUAAUCUGAGACUGAUGGAGGACAGGGAGCUGAUUGGUGGAGUCAGUAGGACUUGUAGCUUCUGGUCGAUGCCUCUUUACUUGUUUUACUGUAAGCUCGCAGCUGAUUGGCUGAAUAGCCGAGACAGUUUGUGUGAUGACAUCAUGUCACAGAGGACAACAGACCCAAUCUGACUGGACCGUGAUAGCUCAGCAUGGGCUCAUCCAGCCAGAACAAAGGAUUGUGGGUGACUGUGGUCACCUGGUGUGACCUCCUGGACUCUGACUGGACAAUGACAGGAAGUGACUUUUCAAAAUAUCAUUUCAUUGUUUCAAUGCUUCCUUUUUCAGAAUAAA